AUGACACUCAAGCACCAGCUACAGUCACCUGUGCAACCCGUCUCAUCUAGCAAGCACUCCACACCACCUGCCAGUAUCAGGGGAGUGUUAAAACAGAGCAUCAGAGCAUCCUGGGUCGACAUGACCCUGUACAAUAAUGUUCUGAUGCAUGUGGCAGGGUUGUUGUACCUGUUACUUGACCGAGUUCCUGAGGUCAUUAUUCAGGAAGUUGUCCAUCUCCUGUACCAGUCUGGUAUGAAGGGUAAGUUGAAAAUUGAUGCCGUGCAACCAACAACACUGAAGAAAGGUGAGGAUGAGUCUUGCAUGAGCGACGUGAACGAGGAUGCGAUGUCUAGCAUGGCUAACGAGAACAAGGACUCUUCUAGCACGAGUGAUGAGGACGAGUCCUCAUUUAGCUUUAACGACGAGGACGACGAGGAAGAGGACGACGAGGACGAAAACGAAUCUGUAGUGAAGUACAAAUGGAUCGACCUAUUAGAAAACACACGAUGCAAUUAUGACGUAGCUAAGGCAAUAGCUCCCUUCAUCCACACUCAGGAUAUAUACAUUAAUGAUUAUCCACCUACUGAAUAUUCUUGCCGCCCCAAUCACCACCGCUGCCUAUCACUGGACCUGCACCACCACUACCUUCAGGAUAACACAACCAUCACUUCUGACGACAUCCUACAACUUUUAAAACCUAG